AGAUCUUGGACCAAAAUGCGGCAGGCCCCAUUCACGUUCCUAAAUCCCAAAGACUCGAAAGUACAAAGCGUGUGCUCACCAGACGACGUCGUCUUCAUUCUCUCUCAAGCCCUUUCUCUCUCUACAAAACCCAAAACGAAAGUCAAUAUUUUCAGUUCCACCAAACACACCGAUACCUUUCCUCUCCGUCUUCUUCUUCUUCCUCCUCCUCCUUUAGCAUUCUCGCUGUCAACGGAUUUUUGCCCCUCCGAAAAACCUCUCUCAAGGUUAAUUUUUUGGACAUUAGAGAUGGAUUCCUUUUUCAAUUUCAAAGCUCCAAGUGACGAUUGUGUGCCGUCUGAGCUAGACAUUCUCAAAUGCCCAUUUUUGAGAAACAUUAAUGAGCCAACCAAUUUUUCCUUCGCCUCAUCCUUGGCAUUCCCAGUGCCCGGACGUAGAGCCAAAGGUCCAAUUUUUGAAGAUGGUCCCAAUUUUAACAUGGCAUUUCGCCUUUUCCAUGGGAGUGACGGAGUUGUCCCGCUUUCUAGAGGAUCAUAUGUGCAUUCUGACAUAGUUGAGCGUCAACCAGCUCCACCUGUGUUUAAUCCAUUAGCUGCAAGGGCAGCUACGAUCAGUCUCUCAUCCUUUGGGGCUGGAGGGCCAUUCAGUUUCGAUGCAUUCCAUAAGAAAUGGAAGAACCAGCAAAAGAAAUCUAAUUCCUCGAAGAAGGAUUCUACUUCAAAGGGAGGAAAUUCUAAUCACGAGGCAGUGAGCAAUGAGUGGCUGCAAUCCGGAAGCUGUCCAAUCGCAAAGUCAUACCGUGCUGUUAGCGGUGUCAUUCCACUAGUCGCAAAGGCUUUUCAGCCCCCUCCAGGCAUGAAAAUCAAGUGCCCGCCUGCAAUAGUUGCUGCCCGAGCAGCCCUGUCGCGAACUGCAUUUGCAAAGAACCUCCGCCCGCAACCCCUUCCUGCAAAAGUACUUGUGAUUGGAGCAAUGGGCAUGGCAGCCAAUGUUCCUUUAGGUAUAUGGAGAGAGCACACCCAGAAAUUCUCACUAUCUUGGUUCGCGGCUGUUCAUGCAGCUGUCCCAUUCAUAGCCGUACUCCGGAAGUCUGUGCUGAUGCCUAAAUCAGCCAUGGCGUUUACCAUUGCCGCAUCAGUACUUGGACAGGUCAUUGGCUCCAGAGCAGAAAGGUACCGUCUGAAAGCAGUGGCUUCUAAAAAACUACCUCUGACUGAAACCUCCGCUGGUGGUGCGACAAGCGAGUUACAGGUGCUCCAGGUGAAAACCGGUCACUGCAAUGCAAUUGAGGAGUGGAAUUCGGUUGGCCUUCAGGUGGCGCGUCCUUCGUCAUCCACAGAUGUGUUCUGCUGAUUUCGUUGUAUUUCGAUGGCAGCGGAUCGAUCCGUUCCAUCGUCUCCAUGUAUUAUGCAGGGUAUAAUUCUCUGUUCCAUUUGUGACUCCAAACACUGUCCAAGUUUUCUGAAGACUUGAGAGAAGAAUAAAUAUAUAAUGCGGAUGACCAUUUUUUCAUCAAGAUA